AUGACUGACGCCGCUGCCCCAAAGAAGCCACAGAAGAACACCGCAGUUGAUCUGCUAGCAGGAGGAACUGCAGGUCUUUUCGAAGCCCUUUGUUGUCACCCUCUGGACACGAUCAAAGUCAGAAUGCAACUGUACAGAAGAACCAGUGCCAACGCUGGCGUCAAGCCUCCUGGAUUCAUCAAGACUGGUCUGGGUAUUGCAGCAAAAGAAACUCCAAUGGCUCUUUACAAAGGUUUGGGAGCCGUCGUUAUUGGUAUCGUUCCAAAGAUGGGUAUCAGAUUCUCUUCUUACGAGUUUUACAAGCGUCAGCUUGCAGACAAAGAAGGAAAGAAUUCCACAUUGACCACAUUUAUUUCCGGUGUAGGUGCCGGUGUCACUGAGGCUUGUCUCGUUGUGAACCCUAUGGAAGUUGUGAAGAUCAGACUGCAAGCUCAGCAUCACUCCAUGUCGGACCCAUUGGACAUCCCCAAGUAUCGUAACGCUCUCCACGCUGGAUACCUUAUUGUUCGUGAAGAAGGUUUCAAGACCCUUUACAGAGGUGUUACAUUGACUGCUGCUCGUCAAGCCACCAACCAGGGUGUUAACUUCACUGUCUACUCAAAGAUUAAGGAACGUUUGCAAGAGUAUCAACAGCUAGAAGUUCUUCCAAGUUGGCAAACUUCCCUGGUUGGUCUGUUAUCUGGUGCUCUGGGUCCACUUUCCAACGCUCCUCUAGAUACCAUCAAGACUCGUAUGCAGAGAGAGACUGGUGUCACCAAUGAGUCUGGUGUGGCCCGUAUUCUUCGUAUUUCCAAGAGAUUGAUCCAAGAGGAAGGUAUGCGUGCUCUGUACAAAGGUAUCACGCCGCGUAUCAUGCGUGUUGCUCCGGGACAAGCCGUCACUUUCACUGUCUACGAGUUGAUGAAGGACGUACUAGUUAAGUUACCAAUUAUCGGUAACGAAGACUCCCAGGAGUUGGUCAUUGAAUAG